AUGCGCAAAAACGGAGACGGAUUCGAUCGGGGCUCGGGCCCCGGCGGGGACGAAGCGGGACUUGCGGCGAGCCCUCUGGAACGGGGCGUACCUGCGAGAUCUCGGAAGAGCUCCUUCUCCGCAAUGGCGGAUUCGCGCUUCGGCGCAUGCGCGUCUCGGCCUCUCUCCGUCUCUCCGCCCCGCGGCGACAGUCGGGCGCAUGCAUCGCGGCCCUCUUCUCCGUAUGCGCGUCGCGCCUUCCACGCACCCUUUUCUGCGCUGCCUUACGGCCCGGAGAUACCGUAUCCGCCUGCCUUUUCGUAUCUGCCGUACGCGGAAGAGGAGCGUGAGCGCGGGAAAAAGUGCGUCCUCACAGCCAGCAAGUACCCGGCGCCUUCGCAGCCGCGCAUCUUUCCCUACCGCUCUCUUCCCACGGGCCCCGACAUGUCUUUUGCCUACGCGUCAGCCGGGCCCUUUCCUUUUCAGCCUGUCCGGCGUCCCGGCGGCACCUGCACGCUGAAACCGUCGCCGUCGUUCCUCUCCGAGGCGGCGGUCGAACGCAGCGGGCGCCCGCGAAACGCUCGGCGAGGAGACAGAACUGACGGAGAAGCUUGUGGGGACACCGGCCGAAGAGACGGAGAGAACAGCAGAAGUCGGAGCGUCAGCAACAUCAGCAGUCGCAGUGCGAGUUCGAUCUCUCCGCCUUCGUCGUCUUCGUCCGAUUCUUCCCGGUCAUCCGCUCUUCGACCGCCCCAGGCUCGCGGCAGGAAAGACGCGGAGUGCCCGGAGGCGGGCAAGCGGCCGGGCGAUCUCGGCCGAAGCGAGCGUGGGGAGAGAGAGGAGACAGAGGCCGUGCGCCGCGACUUUCAUGCGCGUCUUGCCUCCGGCGCCAGGAGAAACGCGGGACGAAAAGAGGGAAGAAAAGACAGUAAAGAGGGAAGAAACGACGUAGAGGGACAGGGCUCGGGGUUUGCAGCUUCGCCGUCUCGGCCCGCUCGAGGGGAAGGCGAAGCGCCAGGACGGGGCGCAAGGGAGGCUGGGCCGGCGAGGGAGAACGAAGCGGCAGUGAGGAAGGAAGAGAAGGUUGCCGCGGAGAGACGGGGAGAUUCCCCCAGCUCCAGCGCCAAACCGACAUCUGAGCCGGAAAAGAAAGAGUCUAACGAACGGCCAGCAGAGUCCACUCAUGCCUCUGCGACUGCUUCAGGCUCUGGAACCGAGCUGUUGGGACCGUUCGCGCAAGGCCGCCCGACUGACUCUUCUGUGUGUUUGAAGGAGAAAGCUGAGGGCGGUGGCGGGUCGAGUUGCGACUCCAGUGGAGACUUGCAGUCUUCUGUCACGUUGGCGUCAAGGCCUCCUCUCGGCGGGGCGACUUCUGUGCGCCGUUCGACGUCGCCUGCCUCGAAGGCGUCUUCCACUUCUUUUCUCUCCGACUGCGAGCCUGCGCUGGACGUGCGAGAGAAGGACCGCGCGCCCCCGCGGCGUUUCCGCGGUCGGUCGCCCUCGCCCGUCUCUGUGGGGCGUCGGCGCACGCCGUCUCCGUUGUCUCCCGUUGGGCCCUCGUUCGAUCCGGCUGCGUGUCGAGGGUUCGAAGACCGUCACGCCGCGCUCUGUCGGCCGUCGCCGGGUACCCACCGCGAGGACGAGUACGAGAGAAGACCGUUCGCGGGCUUUCAGCGGGGGCCGGCCGCAGACUCUGCACGGGUUCUCUCGCCCUCGGACUUCGAGGCCUCGCGCGAGGCUGCUCCAGUUUCCAGAACGUUUUCGCCGACUCGCGCAGUCGCUUUGCCGCGAAGUCCCCGGGGCGCGCGCGGGGAAACCUUCCUCUCUCGCUCGCCGUCCCGGUCGCAGUCCCCUUUGUCCGGGCGCCGAGGAGACUCCACGAGAAGCCCCACCAGACCCGCGGCUCGGGCAUCCGAAGCGUCGCGAGCCGCGCGAAAGUGUCUCUUCACAGACCAGGGCGAGGCCGACUCGGGGGAUUAUUUGGGGAGUCGCAGGGGGGGCCUUGACGCAGAGCCCAGUGGCGGGCGCGGGGCGUUCCACGAAGUCUCGAAAGGCUCGAGUUUCGAGAGGCCUGGCCGCGCAUACCCCGCAACCUUUGCUUCGUUCCGCGACGAAGAACACAGCCGCCGUCUCGACCUCGAAGACAGAUCGUUCUCUGCCGCAUCUGCGCGCCCUGCCUCUUUCGCGUCUCGACCGCUCCUCCCCUCCGACGCGUUCAGUCGGCCGAGGAAUCUCCCGCGAAUCAUCCCGCCGCCUGCCGUCUUCCCAGCGUUCGGCGUGAACAGCCACGGCAGUCCAUUCACGGCCUUCUCGCGACUUCCGCCGCUGCUGCCGUCGCCCGAGGCGGGACGCGGGCGCUUCCCGUUCGCGGGAGCCUCGACUCCGCCGGAGAUCCGCUUCGGGCCUAUGCGCGUCGACCCCAGAGAAGACGCCAGAGAAGACUGCAGAGACGAUCGCAGAGACGAUCGCAGAGACGAGGGGUUGGAGGGGGGGCGGCGGUCGCGGCCUGCGGCGUAUAUGCGGCGUCGUUCGGUGUCUCCGUUUUCUGCGUCUCCGCCGUCAAUGCUGGUGCUUGGGAGGGAGCGGGAGGCGGAGCGGGUGCAAUUCGACGGGCUCGAGGAUGAGAGGCGCGGCCUUCGAAGGCGAGAAAGAGAUGACCAAGGCCCUGUGUCUCUCUGGCCGCUUCUCCCCUCGCCAACCUCCCACGGCUUCUCGCCCCCGACCCGCGGCGAUCCUUUCCCUGCACACGCACGCGGCUUCCCAGCCUCGGGAAGUGACCGCGCGAGCAGCAGUCAAAAACCGACGGACGUGUGGGCUUCGGCGUCCCGAGACAGAAAACCGUCUUUGCCCUCGUCGGCAGGCUUCGAGCGCAGGCGGGGCGAGCACUCGCCGUCGAUCUUCUCGUGCCGCAGCCACUCGCCUCCCUCCGACGCCUCGCCUACGCGGUCGCGCGCGCGGGCCUCGGCGCGUGCAGCGCUGGAGGCAGACGAGAACGCGGGCGAGGGGUCGGAACGCGCAGGCCUGCAGCGGCUGGCUUCUGGCCUCUCUCUGGAGAGAGCAUCGAGGGCCCGAGACGCGCGAGAGCGAGGCCCGAGACGGGACGAAAAGGGCGAGCGAGGAGAGGGAAGGGACGGCGAAUUCGCGACCGACGGGAGACGAAGUCGCAGUCUCCUCUCGGCUCCAGAAGAGAGCGAGGCGGGCGUUUCUGGGCGGCGCGGCAGAAGAAACGAGGACGGGAGAGAGGAGAGGCGGAGAGAAGACGCGCGGUGCACAGGGUCCUCGCGGCGAAGGGAAGCGUCGCUCUCUCCUUUUUCGACCGCGUCGCGAGACGGCCGAGACCGACGCGAGAGAGCAGAGGCCGGGGCCUUCCCGGAGCGGCGGAGUGCGCGAGGACGCGAAAAGGAGAGAAGAGAAGAGAACGCGUGGGAGGACCGGGAGAAGGCGAGGCUCGGAAAAGAGAACGCGCCCCGGUCUGCGACUUCGCGGCGGUCGUCGACCUCAGCGGGGAAAGGGGGGCGCAGAGACGAAGGGCGACGAGAGAGGAGACGCCGGCGUCUCUCGUGUCUCUCGAGCGUCGGAAGCGAGAACGGAGAACCGGCGAGUCGCGACAGACGGGUGUCGACGUCUUCCUGCGUGCACGAGCGCAAAGAAGGGAGGCGUCUCCGCUCGGCGUCUCGGUCGCCUUCGUGCGCGUCUCGCGCGCCCCGAGGUCGCCGACGCGCGCGCGAGGGGGACGGCGAGCCGUCGGAGAGAAGCAGGGGCGAGAGAGACAGUCCAGAGCCGCAAGAGCGAGAAGCGCGGCUGGGCGAAGCGCGGUCUGUGCGGGGCAGAGACCGAAAAGAAAGAAAGAAGGCACGCGACGUGCCGGACUCGGACCUCGAUGCAGGUGCGCUUGGCGCCGAAACGCGGAAGCGCGAAAGGCCGAGCUGCGACGAGCGAGCGCACAAGAGAGAGAAAGUCGACAGGCUCGUGUCGGCGUCUCUCUCGUCCGGUGCCGACGACACGCGGGCGGCGAGGACGCUCUCCCGCUCGCUGUCGAGAGGCCGCGAGAGGCGAAAACGCCAGCGAAGCCAAGAGGAAACCGAGGGCGCUUUCGCGUCUCGGGUCCGGCCUGAGAGACGGUCCCUGGAGAGAGAAAGAGACGCAGCGGCCGCGGGGGCUAAACGGGCGUCGGCCCAGCGGCCGUACUUGAUGAUGCGUAGGAGCGGCGACGAAGACGAGACAGAGGAGGGGAAUGCAUGCGCGGAGGACGGGGAUCCGCAAAGGAAAGUCGACAUAAGGAAGAAACGCGUUGCGCGCGACCGAGACGCUCUGGAUCGGUUCUCCCGCUCGCUUUCCCGCGGAGAAGAGAGAGACAGGUCAUCUCUCGCCGGGCGAGACGAGAGCCGCAGAGAAGAGAGACGAAGACGCCCGUCUUCGCGCCCUGCGUCUCUCGAGCGGCGCUCGCCGUUCGUGGAUGGGGAACCGCCGGGGAGACUGCGAGGGCAAGAAAGAGAAGAAAGAGGAAGACGCGAUUCGCCUCGGCUGCGUUCGCCGUCGCUCUCUCGCGAGGCGGCUACGGCUCAUGGCGCAGCGUACAAGGAGACCGAGAGCGAGCCGUCGGGAGAGAGAAGGGCGGAGCGCAGUUCCUUCUCGAGGCUUGCAUGGCGAGGAGGGGAGGGAGACAGAGAAGACCGGGCACAUGAGGAGCGCGGCGAGAGCUGCAAACGAAACGCAAGGACCUCGUCGCGGGGACGGGGUUCCAGGAGUCCGUCGCUUCCUUCCUCUGACGCGCGAUGGUCACCAGGCUCUUUCCCCUCGCGCUUUGGAGCCGGCCGGAGAGGCCGCGCGAGUGAAGACAGUGAGUACGUGAGAGGGAGGCGAGACGACGAGAAGUUCUCAGAAGAGCGAGAGCGGAGAGACAGAGAGGAGGAACAACGGGUGGCCGAGGGAGAUCGCCGAUCCUUCGCGCAAACAGGGACGACUUCGUAUCGUCUGUCUUGUCGCGGCGAAGAGGCUUAUCGGACCGCGGAGGGUUCUGCGCGUGCUCGCGUCCGAGAAGCAAGAGAAGACGCCUUCGACCGCGAAGAAGUCGGGGCGUUCGCGUCUGCGGCGGACCAAGAAGACGAGAGAGAAGAGACGGAGCGCAGAGGGAGCGAGGAAGGCGACCGGACGCGGCGGGUGAAGUCCUCGUUCUCGCCUCCGCGCGGGGAACGUAGUGGGUCUACUGUGCUUGGCUCUGAGCCGGGGAAAGCGAGGUUGAGAACGGACGAAGACCCGUUUCGAGCGCGCGCAAACUUUGGGAGGACUGGGCCUUUCCACGGCGGAGAGCCGUCUGGGUUCUCGCCCCGCGACCGAAGGCCCGGAGACACCUGGGGCUUGCCCCGCUCAAGGCUUCCCUCAGCUGGGGGACCAGAGGGCGACGAGGAGAGGAGACAGCGCGAUGAAGGCAGACGCGAAGACGGCGAGAGGUCCAAAAUGGCCGAGCGCCGCCGCCGCUUCAACGAGCUAAAGCUUUCGGCUUUCGCGCGCCGCUCGCCGUCGACUUGCGCGGAUGCGCGAGGGCCGGGGCCUCAAGCGGGCCCCGUGGAAGAGGCAAGGGCGCGCCGAAGCGAAGGCGAAGACGCUUUUUUCGCGGGCGAAAGCCGAGACAAAGAGCGGCCGAUGCCCGGACGGAGACCGGAGGAGAGACGCAGAGUGGCGCCAGAGGAACAGGGUCUGCUCGGCCCCCCGCCAGCGUUCCGGCCUCCCCAGGGAGUCUUUGCCAAAACGGGGAGACUCGGGAACGACGGAGACUUGCAGGGCGGAAGAGAGGCCCACGGCUUCGCGCAGGGUCAUGCUCCGCCUGGGUCUCGCCUCGGCCCCGCGUUUUCUUUCCCGUCUUCGUUUCCCGCCUUCUCGCCCUCGUCCGCGCCGCCGCUUCUUCCUUGCCCGGCCUCGUCGCCCCUGCGAAAUGCGGGAGGGCCGUCUGCGAGCUUUGACGCCUUCGCUUCCUUCCCGCCUCCGGCUUCUCUGGGCGACCAGGGCGCGCUGCCGGCUUCAAGCGGGCCUUUGCGCUCCUCCUUUUCUCCUCCGUCGCGGCCGUCGCCGCCGCCAGCAGUCCCCGCCGCGUUUCCGCAGUCGCCGAAACAGGCCUCGAGCGUGCAUUCUCAGCCGGCGCAGCCUCAGCCGCAGCCGCGGCUGCAGCGCGAAGAAAAGGAGAGAAAGCGCGCUCGCACAGCCUUUGUCUCCGUCUCCCUCGUCGACUUGUGGACCGGGAAAAUCGCGAAGACGUGCCUCGGCCGCAUCCCCCAGAUAAUAGGCGCGAGCGCGCAGGACCACGUGGCUUUUCUGCGCCUCUUCCGAUCGCGACGGGAGGCGAAUCAACGGUGGGCAGCGGCCAUGCGCGAAGUUCGUCAGCGAGAAUUCUUCCAAGGCCUCGCGGCGCUCGAGUCUGUUGAGCGCGUGAAUGCGGAGUUGCAGUGCCUCAGCCAGGCUGCGCAGGCGAUUGGAGCGGCGGCUGUCGGAACGCGUGCCUCGCCGACACCGCCCUCCGGUCCAGCUGAAUCGUCUCUCUCUGCUUUCGGCGUCCCAACAGCCUUCUUUUCUCCCCCUGCGGUGUCGGGUCACCCUGCGCCGCUUUCUCCGUCGGGGACCGCGAAGAGCGCCGAGGAAGAGAAGGAGAACGGCAGGCGCAAGACCUCAAAGAGCGAAGACGCCGGAGCGGCCGAGGCAGGCAAGAGCGAGUAG